AUGGGAAAUCUUAGAAUCUCAGAAUCUGAGAAUCUCAGAAUCUCAGAAUCUCAGAAUCUCAGAAUCUCAGAAUCUCAGAAUCUCAGAAUCUCAGAAUCUCAGAAUCUCAGAAUCUCAGAAUCUCAGAAUCUCAGAAUCUCAGAAUCUCAGAAUCUCAGAAUCUCAGAAUCUCAGAAUCUCAGAAUCUCAGAAUCUCAGAAUCUCAGAAUCUCAGAAUCUCAGAAUCUCAGAAUCUCAGAAUCUCAGAAUCUAAGAAUCUCAGAAUCUCAGAAUCUAAGAAUCUCAGAAUCUCAAAAUCUCAGAAUCUCAGAAUCUCAGAAUCUCAGAAUCUCAGAAUCUCAGAAUCUCAGAAUCUCAGAAUCUCAGAAUCUCAGAAUCUCUGAAUCUCUGAAUCUGAGAAACUUAGAAUCUUAG